AUGGUGGAAGACAAAAUCCUAUACACUUUUCGGGGGUGGUUGGCAUUUGUGGCUUUCAUGGACCUCGGCGUAACGUUUCGAUCGUUUUUCGAAAACAAAUGUAUCAUUGGAACGCAGACCAAUUUACAGGCAGAUGAACACUUUAUACACGAGGAAUUAACUUUACCAAGAGUGCUCGGUAUGUUUUCGCUUCUUAAAGCUCUAUGUUUGAUACAUUGCUCAUUAUUUAUUCACUAUAAGCCAAUGGUCAGUAUUGGUGCUAUGUCUAUGGUUUUAUCCAUUGUUUUGUAUCUCAGUGAAGCAAUUCAUUACCGUUCAACUACUUUAAAUUUCUUUAUUGUUUUUCCAAGUAUUUUAAAUGGUUUAACACUGAUUGGUUUAUACUUAAUUGUACGCAAGAUUAAUAAGCCACCAUCUGAAUGUGUCGAAGAAAAUGUUGAAAUGUUAAUGAGUAAACUCAAAUAUCAAAAAAAUAAGAAAUAUAUUUGUAAAAAAAAAUAA